UAUCCAUUAAUACUCCCAGUCUACCACUGCUCCAGCCUCCAUUUUUGUCUUUCAUCUUCAUUAUCAUUCACAAUUGUCUCUUUGUCAUGUGGAUUCAUCGUACAAAGAUCAUCAACCCAAUCUAAAGACACCUCAACCCAACAUCCAUCAUGUCGGGUUUCCUAAACGAUCAACUCUCCAAAAAAACCUCAAUUUUCGGCUUAAGAUUAUGGGUUGUUGUCGGAAUCUGUGUCGGAGCUGCAAUCGUCAUCUUAAUGUUCUUAAUUUCACUCUAUUUCACCUCAAAACACAACAAUUCCUGCAAAAAAACCAAAACUUUACCCCAAAAACCCUCAAUUCCCAACAUUUCUAAAGAAAUCCGAGAAGUCCGGGUCGACCCGACCCGACCCGAUUUUGAACAAACCCACAUCACCGUUCACAAACAGCAGGUGCAACACCACCACCCGGGUCAAAACCCAAACCCGGAUCCAAACCCAAACCCGAACCCGGAUCAUGCAGAAGAUGAGGGUGGGUUGAAUGGGUACCAGAAGAUCCAGAUAGAUAUAGGGAAGAAGCAUAGGAUAAGUUACCCGGAAAAGGGGGGUGGGUCGGGUCAUGAAAGCGGGUCGGGUGAUCUUCAAGCGGUUGUUUCGGUUCAACCCGAGGUUUCGCAUUUGGGUUGGGGGCAUUGGUAUACUCUAAGAGAGCUUGAGAUUGCUACAAAUGGGUUUGCUGAUGAGAAUGUGAUUGGUGAAGGAGGGUAUGGGAUCGUUUAUUGUGGAGUGUUGGAUGAUAAGUCUACUGUUGCUGUUAAGAAUUUGAUGAAUAACAGAGGACAAGCUGAAAGGGAGUUCAAGGUUGAAGUAGAAGCAAUCGGACGCGUACGCCAUAAGAAUUUAGUCAGAUUGCUCGGUUAUUGUGUUGAAGGAGCUCACAGGAUACUCGUUUAUGAGUAUGUAGAUAACGGGAACUUAGAACAAUGGAUUCAUGGAGAUGUGGGACCCACCAGCCCGCUUACAUGGGAGAUACGAAUGAACAUUAUACUCGGUACCGCCAAAGGGUUGACCUAUUUGCAUGAAGGCCUCGAGCCCAAAGUUGUCCAUCGAGAUAUCAAAUCGAGCAACAUUUUGCUCGACAGGCAAUGGAACCCUAAAGUUUCGGAUUUCGGGUUGGCCAAGCUUUUAGGCUCAGAAAGGAGUUACGUCACUACUCGAGUCAUGGGAACAUUUGGGUAUGUUGCUCCAGAAUACGCUAGUACUGGCAUGUUGAACGAAAGAAGCGAUGUAUAUAGUUUCGGGAUUCUUAUUAUGGAAAUAAUUAGCGGUAGAAACCCUGUAGAUUAUAGUCGGCCUCAAGGAGAGGUAAACCUUGUUGAUUGGCUUAAAACAAUGGUAUCAAGUAGGAAUGCUGAGGGGGUUUUGGAUCCUAAAAUGCCCGAGAAACCUUCUUCGAGAGCGUUGAAACGUGUUCUUUUAGUAGCAUUGCGGUGUGUGGAUCCGAGUGCUCAAAAGAGGCCGAAAAUGGGUCAUGUGAUUCACAUGCUUGAGGCCGAUGAUUUUCCCUUUCGAGAUGACCGAAGAGGAAGUCGGGAGACGGGAAGGGAGAGAUCGUUUGAGAAACGACAAAUCGAGUCGGGUGAUAGUAGUGGAUAUGAAAGUAGCAUUCAAACCAACAGAUCAGAAUGGAAAAAACAAGAAUAUUAGUAGAGUUUAAGGUCAAUGUUUGUGUAUAAUGUUGAUUUAUGUAAGUUUACACGUUCAUAACUACCCAUUGUAGAUUUCAUAUCAAUCUUGUCGGGUUUUUGAGUUGCUUACAUUUAUGGUUGUUUAUUUGAUUGGUUGUGUUGUGGGUUUGUUUU